CUCCGUCGGCGGUGAGAUCAUGUGAGAGUCCACGCUGCUCAAAAGUAGGUUAGCAGGGUAGACUGAGAGGAAAGCAGGGGCAGACUCACACAGGAAAGGGAGGGGGGGCACCCGGACGACUGACUUCGCGAGGCUCCACAAGCCAACCUGAGAAACCACCGUGGGACACGUUGCGUCCAGAUGAAGCGAUUCAACUUUCUUUGAACCACCGUGGGAGUUUUUUCCCGUGAAAAAGUUGAGCAGAAAAAGGAAACACAACACACGAAAGAUCCAGCGGAGCGUCGAGACGGUACCAUGUCAGCGAAAGACACUUUCUUCACUCUUGUUCUUCCAACGCCAGACUUCGUUGAACGAUAGGGGGGUUUUGUGUGUGUGUGUUUUUGUUUUGUAAACGCGUGUUGUGUGUCGUGUUUCCCGGGAGCGAUUAUCUGUUUCUGCACCGAGUUCCGCAGCGGCCAGUUGACAACCGGCUCCGGCGUCUUGUCCUCGCCGUUGAAGUUGCAGAGCCAGUAUCAAGCCCAUGUAGUCGGGUUUCCUGCACAACCCUCCAAGAGAAAUCACGCCAACAUGAGAGCUCAAAUCGAGGUCAUCCCCUGUAAGAUCUGUGGGGACAAGUCCUCAGGAAUCCACUAUGGAGUCAUCACCUGCGAAGGCUGCAAGGGUUUCUUCCGUCGCAGCCAACAGAACAAUGCCAUGUACUCGUGUUCCCGCCAGAGGAACUGUCUCAUCGACCGGACCAAUCGCAACCGCUGUCAGCACUGUCGUCUACAGAAGUGUCUGGCCCUGGGCAUGAGCCGAGAUGCGGUGAAGUUUGGCCGCAUGUCAAAGAAGCAGCGUGACAGCCUGUAUGCCGAGGUGCAGAAGCAUCAGAAGUCCCAGGAGUGCAUGGGCUCUGGAGGCGGGGGUCCUGCUGGCCUGUCCCCAUCCAGUGACGAGGGCGUGUGCGGGGGCACCGCGGAAGAAGGCAAAGGGGGACUAAGCCGGUCCUACAGCAGCGGGAGUUCCAGCUCCACCCUCAGCGACCUGGACGACAUUGCGGCUCUGCCCGACCUCUUUGACCUUCCGCUAACCCCAGAGGAGGCCAGUGAAUAUUGCAGCCUGGAGCUGCUGGGGGGAGGCGGAGGAGCCAGCACCGGAAACACCUCCAACUCAUCUUCCUCAUCUUCCUCAUCCUCAUCCUUGUCCAACCAGAAUUCCCCGCAGCAGACUAUGCUGGAUGCGGCAGAUGGAAAUGGAAACCAGCUCCUGCACUCUCACUCGCACACGCUGCUGGCACACACACAGGCGACGCUGCUGGAUAAUCUCCCUGAUGACUGCUCCCUAAUGGACCUCGAGCACAUCACUCAGAGUAUCCUGAAAUCCCACCUGGAGACGUGUCAGUACAGUGCUGAGGACAUGAAGAGAUUCACCUGGGUGCAAUAUUCGCCUGAGGAGACGCGUGCUUUUCAGAGCAAGUCGGCUGAGUGGAUGUGGCAGCAGUGUGCACACCACAUCACCAAUGCUAUCCAAUACGUGGUGGAGUUUGCCAAACGUAUUGCUGGCUUCAUGGACCUGUGCCAGAAUGACCAGAUUAUAUUGCUAAAAGCAGGCUGCCUGGAGGUCCUACUUAUACGGAUGUGCAGAGCUUUUAACGUCAACAACGGCACCAUCUUCUUUGAUGGGAAAUUUGCCCCUGCUCCGCUCUUCAAAGCACUCGGCUGCGACGACCUAGUCAGUGCCGUGUUUGACCUUGGGAAAGGUCUUUGCCGGCUACAGCUGUCCGAUGAAGAGAUGGCUCUGUUCAGCGCUACUGUCCUUUUGUCCCCUGAUCGGCCAUGGCUGACAGAAGGCCAGAAGGUGCAGAAGCUCCAGGAGAAGGUCUACCUGGCUCUGCAACACAGUCUACAUAUGAGUGGCGGCUCGGAUGAGAAACUAGAGAAGAUGAUCUCCAAGCUUCCCAUGAUGAAGUCUAUCUGCAACCUCCAUAUUGAUAAACUGGAGUUUUUCCGUCUGGUCCACCCAGAGACUGCCUACAGCUUCCCACCGCUUUACCGGGAAGUGUUUGGCAGUGAGAUGUCUCUCCCUGACUCAACCGACAGCUAGACAGACUGACAAACAGAGAAACGGAGCAGAUAAAAGAGUGUAUAAAGAGGUAGGGGAGCAAAAGGAGAGACAGAACAGGAUAAUGAUGCUUAACAACCAGCAGACAAGAGACAAUCCAGGACUUUUAAUACUCAGUCUCCUCUGAUCCCAAACUAGUCCUCCACUUUCCCAGCAGGCAAUGCACCUUACACUACAGACCACACAUGCUCAUAGUCCGCUAAUAUCGUAGCAUUAACAACAAGCUGAUGGGCAUUAUAAUAGCACAUAACUGCCCACCUUGUAUUUGAUGGCUCCAAUCUCUAACACUUGUUCGACAUCCGAUCCGCUGAGGAUCAAUCAACUUGUCAUGAAUGUACCAGUGAUAAGCACCAGUGCACCAACCCGAACCCAACAGCGAAUGUACAAACCUGCCACUCUGGGACAGAAUUCUUUACUUACUAUUAGAAUGAAGUCCUUUUGAUUAACAGGUCUCUAUAUACACAGUUCUCAGUCAAUAUGUCCUUUCUGUAUUUAUACAUCGCAGUACGGUACACAUACAUUGUCAUACAGAUAAUACUAUACUGACCAUCUCGAAGGGACCAAGAUCCUCGUCAUGUAAAAGGAAAUACUACAAGUAUUAUAUGCCUCACAGUUUUGGUUAGCCUACCGGCUGCUUAUCAAAUAGACAUACAGAAAAACGGUCUAACACACACACACACACACACACACACACACAAACAUACACACAUUUAAGACAGUGUUUGGUGCUGCCCUUUGUAGGCUCCUAUAAUGCAAUGAGAAACCUCAGUCCCAUAUCCCCCUCCCCCUGUAAAUGCCACUUAGAGACAGGAAUAAAUGAAAUUAUCUUUAAUUUAUAUAUACAUUUAUAAACAAAUAUUUUAAAUAAGAAUGUAAAUAGAUGACUAUAUAUAAAUAUAUAGUGAGAUAAGAGCGUGUGAGUGCAGUUCUGCGAGAAAGGGCAAGAAGAAUAGAGUGAUUUCACAGGGAGAGAGAAAAGAUGGAUGCUUCAGUAAAGACAUUUGGACUCAGUCUUUUUGACCAUACUCUCAGGUUUCCAUGGCAACAACCCCUUUUGCCCUGAAAGCAACCCGACCGGAAUAUGUACUGUUGACGCAUUAGUCAUGCGUUUGGACACUUGUUGCUGACAUGACACGGCAGGGGAGGAGGCCAUCUAACAAAAAAAAAAAGAAAAAAAGGCAAAGACGUUUCCUUCAUUUUGCAUUUUUAACUGAAUGCCAUUGACUCUGCACUCAACAGUGCCCCCCUUUUACCUAAGGAGAUAAGAAGACAAAGAGGACUGUAAGGUGAAAAGACAGCAAGGCACAAGAGGAAUUUAUGAACUCUGCAUAAUAAGAGACUUGGGGAUAUACUGGUGGGCCCCAACAUGUUUCUAACCAGCAGUCACUAGGUGUUGAAGACUUGUCUCCGUCAUGAUGUUUCUGUUGGUAACGGGCAGGACCGCAGAUGAGUCUAUACGUGUGUUGUGCUGGUUGGAGCAACUGUAUUAUUUUUGUACAUUUGCUGUCCCUCUCUCCUUCAGUCCUAAAUCUAACACCUGUUUAAAGCACUUAUUCUUUCAUCUAUCUCACUUGGCACUAGUUAAAGGACAAACGGGGAUACCAGCUGCCCCCCUGAGUUAGGCCUUGAUGCCAGUAAGACUUCACAGAUUUCCAUGAAUUAAGUUAUUUUUGUGCAAGUUCUGUACGCUUUACCGAAGGUUGUCCAUAACUGUUAGGUUACAAAGACAUGUUUUCCAAAUGAUGGUAUAGCGUAGAGAUGAUGCGUUGAAACGGGGUGCAAAACAAAACCCUUAAAAGUUCGCACCUCAGCACUGCCUCACACUCAGGGAGAUAGCUGUCCUCUCUGUCCGACGACCCAAUCACCAGUGUCUUCUAGCCUUGUAUUCCUUACACCUUUGCACCUAAGAUGAGACCCAUAACCAUAAUCACUGUGGAGGUAAGUUCUAUUUUUGUGAAUGUUUCUCACAAAGUGUCAAAAACCCCUCCCCCUUUCUCCUAAUAUUGUAAUAAGAACUUUACGAGACAUAGGAAUUACAAAGGAAUCAGUUAAAUAGAAUCAAAGAUGAAUUUCAUUACCCAGGUUUAAUGUUGCUUUUGCUGUGAUUUUCUUUUUUUUUUUUUGUCAGUCUUUUAUCCACUUUUCUUUUUUCGUGUCUCCACCUUUUGGUCUUGUAAAGCAAGUGAUCUAUUUUUUUUAAUGGAAGAAAGAUUAGGUUUUCAAAAUUUUACAGAAAAAAAGUUUGUUUCCCUUAUCUUUUCCUGUAUGACGAAAUGUACAAGAAGUAUAUUACUACCCCAAGAGUAACCGAGUCACAACUCUAUAUAUAUAUUGUCCAAUGGGAUACAUUAUAUGUGGUUUUAAGAAUGUAAUAAAUGUAUUUCUUUUGAAAGGUUGUACUGUGUCUUAUUGUUUCAUUUCAUGAAAAUUGUUGAAUAAACAUUGCUAUUA